AUGGUAUUAGCCCGUGUGGCUGAAUACUUGUUCCCGUCCGACACCAUUUCACACCAUGCUUCGACAGAGACGGCGGCACAACGGAACAAGCAAGCAAAAAGAGUGCAGCAGGAGUCAGACAUGGAAGAAGACGACCUAGAUGCCGCCCGGCCGCCAUACAUUCAUGUUAGUCUGGACGGCGACACUGCCACGGGACCAAGGUUAACUGAGUUUAGGNCAAUGCUUGCAGGAGGUCUCGGUGGUUUGAUGGGUGACAUGCUCAUGCAUUCGCUCGACACAGUUAAGACGAGGCAGCAGGGCGACCCUCACAUGCCCCCAAAAUACACAUCCAUGGGCUCGACCUAUCGCACUAUCUGGCGCCAGGAAGGUUUGGUACGAGGACUUUAUGGAGGUGUUACGCCUGCUUUCCUUGGUUCCUUCACCGGUACCAUGACUUUCUUCGCUGCCUACGAGUAUUCCAAGCGUGCCAUGAUUGAUUUUGGCAUCACUCCCUCCGUCGCAUACUUCACCUCUGGUAAGACACAUUUAUCUUGCACAUGUUCUGCUCUCAAUGCUCACCAGACCGNNUCAGGCUUCUUUGCCGAUCUGGCAGCCUCGCCCUGGUAUGUCCCUUCCGAGGUCCUCAAGACACGACUGCAAUUACAGGGUCGAUACAACAACCCCUACUUCUACAGUGGCUACAAUUACCACGGCACAUGGGAUGCUUUCAGAACCAUCAUCCGUGUCGAAGGAUGGAGGGAGAUGUUCUCCGGCUAUUCUGCCACCCUAGCACGCGACCUGCCUNUUUCCGCUCUACAAUUCGCCUUUUAUGAACAAGAGCAAAGGAUAGCAAAAGCUUGGAUGGGAAGCAAAGACAUUGGUCUUCCAUUGGAGAUAUUCACUGGUGCAAGCGCUGGAGGAAUGGCAGGUGUCAUCACAUGUCCACUUGACGUGGUCAAAACACGUAUCCAAACUCAACUGGACCCCGAGUUUGCUCACGCACCUGCUUCCCAAGCCUCCAAAACUGGUCCGACAGUCAGUCCGGCGAGCACAACGCAUAGGCCCACAAGGCAAGCACCUUCGAUACACGAUGCGAAAAGGCCUAUAUCGACAGGAGGGCCAUCGACCGCUCUGAAGAACCACGGCGCCGUCGCUCUCGAGACCGAUAAUGUCAUCGCGGGUCUGAAGGUGAUUUACAAACACGAGGGCUUUGCUGGUCUUUUCAGAGGCGUAGGCCCACGUUUCGUAUGGACCAGUGUGCAAAGCGGCACCAUGCUCGUCAUGUACCAGCAGCUCCUCAAAUAUUUCGAGUUACAUCCGCUCGUUGCUUCGGACGAGGAUGAAUUGGCCCUGUCAUAA